AUGUUCAGGAAAGUACAUGUGGACCCACUGGCACGAGAAACUAGUGAAACAAGGAAACAGAAUGGUGGAGCAACUGACGACGUGACCAGCUAUAAAAGAAAACUCUUUCGUAAGCAACAGUCAAAAACUAGUGUUCUUACGAAUGCAUGUGUCUCAAAAAGAAGUCGUGGUAGUGCGGUGAGCGUUGAUCUGGAGAUGGGGGAGAGGAAGAAAGAAAAGGACAGGAACAGUGAUGCUGAGGAGGACAAAGUUUUUAAAGAAAUCACCGACUCAAGGGCAGAAGGCUUUGAUGCGGACGAAGACAGCACUCCAAAAAGAUUAUCACAUAUUUGCGAGUUGACGAAACAAUACAAGGAUGCUAUAAGAGCAAUACGAAAAAUCAAAUACUUUGUCGCUCGAAGACGUUUUCAGCAAGCCAGGAAACCUUAUGAUGUUCGUGACGUGCUCGAACAGUAUUCUCAAGGGCAUCUGAACAUGAUGGUCCGUAUAAAGGAAUUGCAACGAAGAUUGGACCAAACACUCGGUAAACCCGGUCAAGAUCGGGCAUCUCGAACUUCGAUGGGUGGAUCGACCACGAUAGGCGCACGGUUAUCACGAAUUGAAAUGCAGGUACGAGAUUGGCUCAUACAUUUCUGCCAUCUCAGGAAAAAGUGGGAGACUUGUUACAGUGGGUCCCAAGCUUUUAUAGCACUGCAAUAGUA